UGUCCCCGUCCUCUUUCUUGACAACGGCCAUGGCAGUGUGUGUAGGGUUUGUCGCAGUGCAAUGACGAAAAGGAAGAAUUUCCAAAUUAACUCCAACGAUCCAUUUGGCAAUACCCGAACACGAUUCCAUGGAGCUCCGAAAUCCGAACUCCGAACCCGAGAAAUUGGUCGCGGGAAAAAUGCGAAGUUCGUGGCUGGAGAAAAAGAUAGCCCUAGAAGUUGCAGAUUGGAAGAAGAUUCUUACAUGCCAUCAUCGCAAAGAGAAAAGGUUACAACAUGUGCAGAAACUGAUCCGAAAACUUCUGAGUAUGCUUUCUUUAAGAAAUUGAAGAAGGAUGCAAGCCUGAGAUUUCGUUCACGUCCACUGCAAAAGGAUGCUUACCUAUCAUCUAAGAACCCUGAAUCCAGUGAUUAUUCCGAAGAGAGGACCAGUCAUGUCAGGGUUAGCAGUAAGGGCUACAAGUACAACUCUUCAAGGAUCAUUGAGGACAUAUCAACUGUUAAGACAGACUCAUUUCUCUCACCAUCUAGUGGAGCAUGGAAUAAGUCAGACCUGUACUCUAUCCGCAGCAUGCCGAAAAACUCUCAAGCUUGUGGUGACACCUUCAAACCGCUUUCACAUGAAGGAAACCAGUAUGUGCAUGGAGAAAUUUUCUCUAGAAAGAGACAGAAAUUACGACAGUGUGUUGCGGAUGCCUUAUUUCCUGAUAUAGAGAAGCUUGGUUCAAAAGGGCACGAUAUUGUUUCCAUUCUCCUUAGUCGGCUGUUCCCUAUGAGCAUCGAGGAAAAUAAAUACAAGGAUCCAAAUCCAGGAAAAGUAAUGAAUGCAACCAGAUAUGAUUUACUUGAUUCUCAAAAUCCUGAUGUUCAAUUUAAGGAGCACUAUGAGAUACCUGAGAGGAAACUUCUUGAACUUGAAUCAAGCUCGCACUUUAGUGAUCAAUUGUUGUCUCCUAUGUUCCGCAGAUCAGAUGAGAGAAUCAUUCCACCUUCUGGGUUUCCAACUUAUAAUUCUCACAACUUUCAACCUCUUUACAGUAUAACAGAACCUGAGUGCAAACUCAAUGGAACUCCAAGUUUGAGCGCCACUGCCAAGAGUGAUGUAACACUUGGAUCGCUGUUUAACGAAGUACCAAAUGCUACCAGAUACGAUUUAAUUGAUUCUCGAGAAAUAGACGUUCAAUUUACGGAGCACCACCAGAAACCUAAGAGGAAACUCCUUGAAUUUGAAUCAAGCUCAUACUUCAGUGAUCAUUUGUUGUCUCCUAUGUUCCCCGGAUCAGAUAAGAGAAUUAUUCCACAUGCUGAGUUUCCAACCCAUCAUUCUCACAACUUUCAACCUCUUUACAGUAUAACAGAACCUGAGUGCAAACUCAGUGGAACUCCAACUUUCAGUGCCACUGCCAAGAGUGACGAAACACUUGGAUCUCUGUUUAACAAAGUAGAAAAUGCUACCAGAUAUGGUUUACUUGAUUCUCGAGAAUUAGAUGUUCAAUUUAGGGAGCUGUACCAUCAGAUUCCUAAGAGGAAACUCCUUGAACUUGAAUCAAGCUCAUACUUCAGUGAUCAUUUGUUGUAUCCUAAGUUUCUCCGUUCAGUUGAGAUAAUUACUCCACAUGCUGACUUUCCAUCCUAUCCUCACAAGUUUCAACCUAUGUUCAGUAUAACAGAAGCUGAAAGCAAAUUUGGGAGAAGUUUCAUUGACAAGAGUGAUGUACCUCUUGGAUUUUUGCGUAAUGAGCAAAAGCAUGAAAUCUUUACUUUGAAUCAUUUCAAGCAGCUGGGGAAACUUGAGAAAGAACCAAUUCCUCUUCUUCUGGAAAAGGAUUUUGACUCCACAACAAAUGAGAUAAAUUUACCAAUCACUUAUAAGUACACAGAGCCAGAUAUGGCCCCUGCAUUAUCAAUUUUAGGCCAUGGUGAAGAGCAGAUAUUAAAUAAUACAUUAGGUGAAUACCACUUUAGCCGUUCAUCCUUACUUGAAAAUAAUAAAGACAAGGACACAAAUUUCGACCAUACAGCAUUGUCCUUGUCACACAAUAAGCACAACUUUACAUUGUCAGAAAAUUGCAAGAGUGGCACUUCAUGUGAAGACAGCAUAUACCUUUCACCUUACCAGCGUUGGACUAGAAGAAAAGUUUCCAAUGACUCCCAUCAUCAUGAUACAGAAGCCUGGCUUUCAUCUUCACUCGAUUUCAUCUCAGGUCAGAGGUCCUUAUCCUUAACCAGUUCCCAUCUGAAUUACCAAAAUUCAAAUUCUAGAACUUUACAGCUGCCCCAAAGGGAAAGUUUGUCUUCUCUUUAUCACAUUAAUGAUAAUUACAAGCCAGAAAUGGAUGGUGGAAAUCACGGGGAAGUGUUAUAUCGUUGUAGGGAAGGCUUGAUGGAAAUAUAUAACUCUUCUUUUCUUCGUAUGUCCAUGCAAAGAGACAAUGGAUGGCCCUUUCCUCUGGAUGGAAAUGACUGUAUCAAUGAGAAAGAGCAAACGCACAAGAUGCUCCUCUAGAGUCUUAACACUCAUUGGGGUAUUUGAUCAAACGUGACCCUGUGGAUGUUUCUGGUUAAUUUUGAAUUGCUAUGCCAUGUGUUCACAAGAUGAUCUGUCCUUCAACGUUUGCCUUUUAGGUGGAAAUUAAUAUUGUUCCUAUUAUAGGAUAUUUGGUAAAUCAGAGCAUUAACAACACUCUCGAGAAUUUAAAUUGACAAAUCAUGGUUUCAUAAGUAUCUCAAGUGAUUGAGUAAAAUUUUGACAUAUCUGAAAAAAUUUCCCGUGAUUCACUCGAAAAAAUUACUUGGAGUUUUUGGUAUAUCUCGUGUAAGAGCAUUGCAUCACAAGGUCAAGGUGUUGGGUCUGACAACUCUCGGUUGAGCCUAUACCAAAUCGAUGUUCUGAUAAAUGGAUGUAACGGGAUCUCUGGUUUGUUGCAUAGGAUAAUAUUUGCGAGAUAGGUUCUCCAAUGUCGUCGUUUUGUGAUUUGGUUGGAACACGAAAAUCUGCAAGGCAGUUAGACGCUCAAGUUAAUAUUUUCUUAAUAAGCUUUAAUAUAUUGAGUAAGGAUGAUGAUAUCUGAACUUAAGCCUCUUCUUUAUAGUAUUUGAAGUGAUUUGCUUGAUGGUUUAUCAUGCCGCCUUAAAAUGGUGGCAUGAUUGAUAUGUUUUCUUUUUGGUGGACUUAUGUGGCUUUUCUAGCUUGCCUUUUAUGCGGGAUUUCUCUUGAUGGCCUAUGUUGCUUAGGCAUAGCUGGAUGUUCGUUGUUGUCGUUCAGUCAUUGAUGAUUGAGGAGGUUUAUUAAUCCUGUGCUGUUGGGAACGUAGUUGUCUGCGUUACAUAUGACGGGAUUGUUUGUACACAUUCCUAACAUAUUUCUUUAUGGGUUAAGUCUUUACUCUGAGUCUUAUAACCCUAUGUUGGGCUGUUGUUUAAUCGGGCUCUUCAUGUCUUCUAAUCCAUAUCACUGAAUAUCAUAUACUGAAAUUUCACAAGUGCAUAUAUAAUAUAUUGUAGGUAUUGAAGGUUGUAACUGAUUUGGGGACCUCACCUUUAUAACUAAUUUACCCCGCCUCUAUCAUUUAUCGAACGGUAAAGGUUUACAAUCGUAACCCAAGUUGUGUAAAAUCUUUACGUUAAGCAAACCCCAAACUUGAAUUCAAAAUUAUCUCCAACUUCUUUCUCUUGGAUCCGUAGGAGUGCUCUUCAUGCUACUCAAGAUUUCAAUUUGGUUACGCUCUUCUUCUGCACUUCUCUAUGGUGGAGUUGAAAGGCAAGAUGCAUGAACGCCCUCCUCGGCGGGGACU